GAAAGAGGCAAGAGGCCAAAGAAAUCUGGAUUCUCGUACUCUAAGUAUACUUAUUAUGGACAAUCCAAGUGUCCACUAGUGCUUUGCAUCUUUUACGAAAUACGGAGUACAGACCGUUGCCUUUCUCCAUUUAUUCAUUUAUCUCUCUCCCCUCUGCCCGUCUCAUUCGACUUUUCUUCUUAUCUUUAGACACCAGAUCCCUUUGUCUUCUUGCAUUCAUUCACCACCAUUCAUCCAUGCCCCUUCAUCUUCUUCGUCUAUUAUAUCUUUUCCAGUCCAUUCUUUAUCGUUGACUCAUCACUCGAUUUUCAUUACAAAGGAAGACAAAUUUUUAAUCUUUGUAAAAACUUCUUGCCCGGCCCGCCAGGUUUCUCUUCUUCGGACCCUUUUAUAUCUUGUGGCGUGUCAACCAAGAUUUUGGUGCGAAAAAGGGUAUACGCCAACUCUUAGCUAGUUUGCAUCAUACCCUGAAAGAAUCGGUCCCUACCGAUCGCCGAGCUUUAUUAAACCCCCCCCCACCAACCAAUCGAUAUCUUCGACACUCCAGAAAAAAUCAUUCUUUAUAUAUCGUCUUUUAUCCUACAGGCCUGUUGGAGGUGAUCUUUUAAAAAGAUUAAUUGGCCUGGAAAUAUCGAUAAAUAAAAGUACAUACAAUGGCCGGCGAAAAUGGCUCGUCGAGCGGAAGCAAUAACGAAAAUACCCCCACCACCUACACGGAACUAGCAUCUGGGGAUAUCAGUCCAUCUGAUAGUGUAGAUGGAAGUGCAGUCAACAGUGGCAUCAACAGUGCAUCCCCAAGCAGGCCGAAUAGUGCAGGAGGAAACCCACCAAAAAAUCGAGGAAGAGUUAGGUUCAACGCCACCAACGAAGCAAAUGAUUCGGAAAACAAGAAAUCCCUUCACCCAUUGAGGGAUAAGUCUGUCUCGCCUCAGAGAAUGUUACAUCAGAUAUCAAUGCCAAAGUCCACCAAAUACACGCCAUCUCACUCAAGAAACAGUAGUUCUAAUUCGUUGAUGAGGUUCACACCCGAUAAGGAAAAGGAUAAUCCAUUCUCAGAUCUAGCAGUUAUCAACAAUAGUCCCGUUCCACCAGCGCCUGUUAGCAAACCGAGACCGAGUGUACUGAGAAAUACCCCGGGUGGAGGAUACAAGGCAGAUCUAUCGGAUGUGGAAGAGAGUAACGAGAAGACCUUUUCUGCUUUGGCUGCUCAGAGUCGAGCUCAGAGAAUUGCUUCGUUGGUUGGAAGUCACUCGACACCGCACUCGAGAAGAAAUAGUUUAGACGACGACGCAGACGAUUACCCAUCUCCACGACCAAGGAACCCCGGCGGUCUCCCAGUUCGAAUCGAUGAUAUCCCACUCGUUCCAAUGGAGAGUAGACCAUAUGAUGCAGCAGAGAGCGAUGAUGAUAUUCAAAACGAAAAGACGAAAGAAUCGAGUUCGACCGAAGCACAUAAACUCGUAAGAUCACAUACAAGCAAAGGUCGAAAAGAUGCAUUCAAAAUGCCUGUACCACGUCCAGGGUUGGUAUCUGGUCAAGUCACACCCGAAGACGAACAUGGUAUCAUGGAAGAGUAUGUUCCACGUCCUCAACAAUUUAGAGGUGGUGUUCUUUCAUCACUCCUAAAGCUUUAUAAUGCACCCAACACCAAUGGAACCAUGAGCACUCCAGCUUCAAGAAGAAAUAGUGAUGGCUCCGAAGGGACUCUCCCAGUUUCCCUCGGAUCUUCAGGGAUUACAACUCCAAAGAAGAAUGCAAAAUGGUACCAUCAAAAGAGUCAGUCUCAAGAUACUCUCGCUGGUCUUAUGGAAGCAUCUGCGAUGUUAGCUGCGCCUGUUGGAGGAACCUAUACGCCAAAGAAAAAGUCUUCACGACCUGGAAUGGGAAAACGUACAAAUAGUGGCAGACUUAUUGAGACAGCUGCUAGACAAUUGGCUGGGAAGCCAAGAUUGGAGGACGAAAUUCGAAUCACUAUCCAUAUCGCGGAGACUUUAAGCAGACAAAAAUAUCUGUUGAAACUCUGUCGAGCAUUAAUGACGUACGGAGCACCAACACAUCGUCUAGAGGAAUAUAUGAAGAUGACCGCUAGAGUUCUUGAGAUUGAUGCUCAAGUCCUUUAUAUCCCUGGCUGUAUGAUUAUAUCUUUUGACGAUGCAUCAACUCACACUACCGAGGUAAAGCUCGUUAGAUCCAUACAAGGAGUUGAUCUUGGCAAAUUGAAAGAUGUUCACGAAAUAUACAAGGAGGUAGUACAUGAUGUUAUCGGUGUUGAGGAAGCCACACAGCGAUUGGAUGCGAUCAUUCAUGCGAAGCCAAAGUAUCAUCCUUGGUUUUUGGUCAUGGUAUAUGGUUUUGCAAGCGCCAGUGUAGCGCCAUUUGCUUUCCAAGGACGUCUCAUCGAUUUACCUAUUGCAUUUUUAUUAGGAUCUCUUCUUGGUUUCUUGCAACUUAUCGUUGCUCCCAAGUCUGAUCUCUACGCCAACGUCUUCGAAAUCUCAGCCGCUGUCUUGACAUCUUUCUUGGCACGAGCUUUUGGUUCGAUUCGAGGAGGCGAUCUCUUUUGUUUCUCCGCCCUCGCUCAAUCGUCCAUCGCCCUCAUUCUCCCUGGUUAUAUGGUUCUUUGUGGUUCACUCGAACUUCAAUCGCGUUCCAUGGUUGCCGGUUCCGUUCGUAUGGUGUACGCAAUCAUUUAUUCUCUUUUCCUUGGAUAUGGUAUUACUAUCGGCACCGCUGUCUAUGGUCUUAUGGAUCCCAACGCUACCAGUAAAACUACAUGCGACGCUCCAAUGAAUGAAUAUGUACGCUGGUGUUUCGUUCCAGUCUUUACUUUGUGCCUCGCAGUCAUCAAUCAGGCAAAAUUCAAACAAAUGCCCGUCAUGCUAGGCAUCUCAUUCUCAGGCUAUGUAGUUAAUUUUUUCUCCGCGAAGAAAUUUCCUUCGAGUGCACAAAUUUCGAAUACUCUCGGCGCUCUCGCAGUGGGUGUGCUCGGUAAUUUGUAUUCGAGAGUCAGACAUGGUGUAGCAGCUGCUGCACUGUUACCUGCUAUCUUCGUACAAGUUCCUUCUGGUCUCGCUGCCAGUGGUUCUUUGCUUGCAGGUUUGAGUACAGCAGAUUCUAUUACCAAUAGUAGCUCGUAUGCCAAUGGAACGGCAAAAGUUAAUGGAACGAGUUCCGUUAGUGUUGGAAGUUCUGAAGACUUAAAUACGAUUGUGUUUAAUGUUGGUUAUAGCAUGAUUCAAGUGGCCAUUGGGAUCACUGUUGGUCUCUUCCUGAGUGCUUUGAUUGUUUAUCCGCUCGGAAAGAGAAGAAGUGGAUUGUUUAGUUUUUAGAUGAGCUCUAUCAUUUACAGGUUCUUAUAGAUGGAGUUCAGAAGGAAGAGAGGUACACGUCACACUCAUAUAUAUGUACACGCAAAAUUUCAAUCGUAUGGUUUUAAAAAUGCGAUGGGUGGACAGAACAUCGUGUUAGUAUUUGAAAAGAAGUUGGGAACUAGAUAGCAAGCUUCGGUGUUUGGGAGUCGCUGGUUGCCAGGCCUAUACGCGGCAAAUGAAGGAAAGGCGCAAUUAUUACAUUCUUUUACCGGGCGAGCGAAGGGAUUAGAGGGGAGUUAUCAUUAUUUGCUUUUUGUUUUUUUUUCUUCGUUUGUGACUGGAGUUUAUACCUAUACUUCACUCAUUCAUUUUGGGACGGAACGCGAUAGAUGAGAACAAGAUAAGAUUUAGAUCGGCUCUGCUUAGACUUGCUAUUUUUUUGUUUCAAGGAAAAUGGGUUAGGAACAAAGGAAUGUAAUGGGGGAUGGAUGAUACCACGGCAUGAGAAAAGGAAGGGGAAGGAAAAUUAUAGCGAUAGAGGGAUUGGAUCAAUUGAAUCAGACGAAAAUUUGUCA